CGGCCCAGUUUUUAGGGCGUCUCUCACUGCUUUUGAUCGUAGAUUCGAUUCUUACCUUGCUUGUUUCGCCCGCGUAUUUGAUAAAUUUCAGGGAAUUGUGCGGUCGAUCAAAGCGUUUGAACCAUGUCUGUCGAUGUGAAACAUCCGCUUGAUGCGGCAAGCACCGAUCUGCUCGAAGUGAGUCGCCAUCGACUCGAACCACUCUCGACAAAGAUGGAAGAGCGAGAUGCAGACGUUAUGAAGGUAAGCAUAGAGUAUAUAUAUUUUUUCAUGGAUCGGACCGUCUCCAAACCACAUCACAAACACCGAGGUAUUCUUUUGCCCAAGGGCUGUAUUAAGCUCCAAUCGAUAUGGAUUUUCUGAAGUAGGGAAGCUUCAAAUGUUUGAAAUGUCACUAGUAUUCGUGCGUGACGAGAAGCCUUUGGGGGAGCUCUACAGAAAACGUGGAAAUCGAACGAUCACUUCUUCGAAUACAACACGUUUGGAUAAAGGAAAAUCUGUUGAAUGACAAUCGAUAAGAAACGCGAAUCCUAGGUAAGGGGUAAUUUAUCCAAGUCGGGAAAAUUGAGACCUGAAUUAGAAUUGUUUUAAAGUCAAUGUUGCAUCUAGCCGCCUGGCGGCUUGCUUCUUUGUGCCUAGCAUGUGUUUUCAGUUUGAAUUAAUGCUUAUGUCAGCGAACGUUCCAAUGACAGUUUUUCGUUAAAUUCCUUGUAAUUUCACCCUAUUUGUAACCCACAUUAACAGUGGGUACUACCGAGACCUUGAUAUCGAUCGCAGUUGGUCGUAGUAAUUUGGAAAAGAAAAGUACAGAUCGAACGAGGUAGACCUAGAAAGCUCUAUAAAUUUGAAUGUUGCUGUACAUGUUGGUAUUUCGAGAAUCUUUGUUAAACGAACUCUGUACUACUGUAAUUGGAGUUUUAUGAGAGUCUCUCAUUUCAUAGACUGCUUACAUGUGCCAUGUGAUAUUUCUGAAGAUCGAGGCCAUUUGCAAACUAUUUUGCAGAGGAGAGACACGAAAGCCCUUCGUUUAAAAAACACACACUUUGUCAGGGUUAGCCACGUUACUAUGAUCGCAACCACUGAACUGUGUUGCACGCUUGUAAAACACGUUCCACUCUAAUAAAAGGCUGUCGCAUUUAAAUUUUUAUCUCACCGAUCGAUUUUUGCUGAAAAAUAAUCAAUACAAACACUGGCGAUGCAAAUUUCCACGCUCACCCGCCCAUUCAUUGCUUUCUGUGGUAUGUCUCAUUGUUGCUGAUUUCUGAAAUAGACAACACCGAUUCAACAGUCACUGUUUACAUUGAGCUAUCAGGUUUCGGCUGAUCGAAAGUAAACGUUUGCUUCGAAUCGAAGCUUUGAUUCCAAUUUUUGUGAGUGCUGUUGAAAAAUACGUAUUAUGAAUUUUCAGUGAAAAUCAAGAUUCAAUACCGUUGGCGACGCAUACGGCUGAAUACAUUUAUAUGAUUUCCUUCGACAAAAGAUACGAUCAAGAGACAUUUUGUCGGGUUCUUGGGGUUUCUUCUCUGUGCUCGCUACUAUUUCAAACGGAAUUUAAAACAGUUUCUUUGAUGGUUGGAUACUAAAGGAGUGUUUUAAUUUUGUGUGAAGCAUUGUUGAAUCGAUGAAUAUUACUUACAGUGCGUGAUCGAGGCGGAUAUUUUGUCCUGUGCAGUUUAAAUUCACUGGAUUUCUGGAGGUUACUCCUUGUCUUGUAAUUUGCUUGUAACGAUCGAUUAGCCAUUUUGGGGUCUUGCUAUGUUAUUACCAACGAUUGAAAUCCAGCAAAUGAGUUCAUCAGAAAAGAUGACUGAAUAUUCCUGAUGACUUUCACAAACUUCCUAUGUUUGGAUAAAAUUUGUAACACUUUGGAGUAGGAAGUUUUUACUGAGCAACACAUAAGACACAAGCUUUCAAUAUUGAGCGUAAAAGACAAGAUAUAACCCAUGUAUCAGGAAUUUAUUUCGUUGAUGUUAGCUUGAAGUUUACCUUUAAUGUACUCCAUUAAACUCAUGACGUAUACCUCUGAAGAUAAUCAAAUGCAGCAAUAGAAAAAUUUAUUUUCAGUAUGUCUGUAUGAGUUUAAAAAAGAUGAACUUUCCUUACUGCCUAACAUCUAUUCCUAUUUAAAAUUAUUUUUGACACUAUGUUUCAUCAAAAACAAUUUACUUAAGGUCAAAGGGUUCCUGUAUGCUGACAAGAUUAACCAAUUUGAAAGGAGUAAUUUCAAUUAAUACCAUUUAUGUCAAAUAGCUGGCGACAAGACUGGUUACUUGCACUACGUGCACUCUCUGUCUUAAUUGAGAAAAAAGAUGCAGGGAGGAUUUAAAUCAAUUCCAGUUUUUCAUCAGGACUUAUGACAAUACCUCUUUUUUCAUUACAUUUAUAUUUAUAUUCAGUAAUAACAUGUUUGUGAAGUUGCUAACGGGUACAUAUUUUACUCAAAUAUGUAUCCCAGAAGCACUUGAUAUAAUAUGAAAAAAAAUACUUAAGCUUAAAUAGGUUAAAGUUUUUUAGUAUGCAAGAUUUUCUUGCACUAAAGAAUUUGUUUCCUUACUCUUUCCUGAACUUAAAACUUGCACCAGCUUUCAAUUUAUUAAAAAGACUGCCACAUGCUUUAUUUUAAAACAAGGUUACACCCUAACCUCCCCAUGCUUUUUUUAAAUACAUUUCCUAUGGUGCCAGCAGGGAAAAUUUGUUUAACAAUCAAGAGCUUCUUAAGUUGGUGAUCAUUCUUAUGACCAUAAUGUAUGAUUCAGAGGUGAUAUUGUAAGGAGAAAUUAGAGACUGGUCACUCUAAAUGGUUAUGAAAGAAUAGCUCACUGUUCUUUAGACUGCUAUCUAGAAUCAAUGAUGGAAUUCAAAACUCUAAACUGGACUUGACCACUUUAUCAACCAAAUACUGUGUUUUAUUGCAGAUAACAUAUUAACUGAUUCCUGAAGAAUACUUUCAUUUUUCUUUCUUACUUAACCUUUUAGAACACUUUGGUUGAAAUAACUGGGUAAAAUUUGUCAUGGAAGUUUAUCUCUCUCCAACAAGGUCAAGUUUGUGUAUACCGUAGACAUGUUAAAUGGAACAUGUGGCCCUCACCUGUGAAAAAUUGAAUGAAAAAAAAAUUGAUCCAAAAGUUGUAUUGAUUCAGUUACAGGAAAUACCUUGAUAUGUUACUUACAACUUUAUCCUUUGGGCUUACUUCACAUUGCACCCACAGAAAGUUUCUUUAAAGAGGCAUUUUGAAAUUAAAGGGAAGGUCAGUAGAGCUUAAAAUAAGCCCCAACUACUUCAGACAGAGAAGCAUAAUCAAUUGCUGAAUUAGUAAAAAUGUAAAUGAAAAAGUCCUUGAAAAAGCAAAGAAGAUGAAAAUUUUCCAUCUGAAAUUUAUCAAGAGCCUUAACUAGGUAAUGUAGCUUUUCUUCAGUGGUCUAGUAAUAUGUUGAUGUUCAUUCAGACUUUUGCAAAACCAUUUCAAGUCUUUGCUGAUUAUACGUUUGGAAGACAAUAUUUAAAAUUCUUGUGUAAAGAUUGCCACUGAAAUAUCAAAUGAUAAAAUGAACUCAACUGCAACUGAAGAAGGAAUGAUACUCAGUAUAUCUUUGAGGCAAUGGCAAAGAUGAGCUGUGGCUUAAGUGCAAAGAGAGCUAUCCAGUAAAUUCCAAAAUGUCUAUAGAAAAUAGAUUUAAUUUCUGAUUGCCCUCAAUUCGCCAUCGCAAAAUGACCAGGGCCUGGUUGUUCAAAAGGUGAAUCACACCAUCCAAAUGAUAAAUCACUACACAGCGUAUAAGUGUCGAUGAAAUGUACUGUGCUAGAUAUCCAGCAGAUAACUUUAUCCACCCUUUAAGCAACUGCAGCCUGAUGUUUAAGUAUCGUGUCAUUACAAGAAAUCCAGAAAUCACAUUUUGCAUUGAUCUCAGCACUCUGUGACUGUUCCUAAUAAUUUGCGCCCUUCUCAGCGAAUCUGAUGCAACACAAUGACUAAUCCAGUUAGAGGCUGGUUACAUUUAACCCUUUAAACUCCCAAGAUCUCAUUGGUAAUUCUCCUAACUAUCUGCCAAGCAAUUCUCAUUAUGUUAGUUUGGAGAAUUUGUUAUUGGAUCAACUAGUAACCCUAUAAUUAAUAUUUUUCUUUAUUCUCAUCACUUGUCUGCAUGAUAUUGUAUAGAUAUAGUAAGGAGAAAUUCAGUCUUGGUCACUCACAAGAGUUAAAGGGUUAAUAACCCUGGAUUCUUAGUUGCUUCUUGUCAUAUUUACCUUUGUUGUAUUUUGUCUGAUUAGUCUGAUUCUACGACAGUCAAUUUGAAUAGUGCCCAUAAUGUAUUUUGUGGGCUUUAGUCUUAAUUCACAUCUUCUCUUUGUGUGUCAGUUAAAUUGACAAUGUUUAGCUGAGGGUUAGAGGGCUUACAUAAUUUUUUUUUUUUAAACAAAAAUUCCUGUUCUAUAGCCAGAGUAAGAUUUGCCUCAAAUCUAAUACGAUCAAAUCUGUAGCUUCAUUUAAAAAAGUGAAAUAAUAACAGAGAGUUGUUUCCCAGAUCGGUUCUACCAAAUCAAACAAGCUUGAAAUUUUUGUAUCUCCUUCUUGGCUUAACAUAUAGUUUCAGCGACACAUCAAUAAUUGCAGUAUCUUUAUCUGUGACAGCACUUAGUGUAUCCAAACAUGAGGAAAUAUGCUUUACAAACAAUCUUUGAUGAAAUGCUAACGUAGAUAAUUUUUGGAGGUUAAAAGGUCAUUGCGGUCUGCUUUUAGACCCAUUCAAGCAAUUUAGGCGAGUAAUUUUCGCAUCUAAUGCCUUUGGCGUGGAUUUAAUUAGUUCUCUGAAAGUUCUUGCUCUAACCGAUGUUGUAAAAUGCAGAAAAUGUGUCUGUUAUCGCAAAGAGGUUUUUGUUUUCGUGUAAAUUUCUAACCUCUGCUGUCACGUCUUGCAUUCCCGGGCUUAAUGUAUACGCGCGAGAUGAGCCCGUGACUCACGAGCUAUAAAAAGCAAUUCUAUUGGCUGGUGUAUUUAUUAGCCGUUUUCUGAUUGGUUCCAGCUUGUUCGGACAGGGCGGGGAGCGUGUAAAAGGUGUCGCGUGGAAUUCAGUAAUGCAUAUUAGGAGUUUGUCCUUUUCAAAAUUCAUAACGGGUUGCUUUCCCAUCGAUAUAUUUCUGGACGAUGUGAAGGCAUCUUCUGGUUAAGAGGUAUUCCUUUUUGCUUCCAGGCCCGAUCGGAAAAGACGUGAAAUAUUUCCUGUACUUGCUCAUAUGCUUUAUUUCCUCUCGUGAUUUGGACUUGAACUACAUCUGUAGAAAGAGUUAAUUUGCAAACUAGACUGUAGGGAAAGAGUAAAAUAUUAGCGCUUUCGAAGACAGGAACAGGCAGUGUAGAUUCUUUGUUAAAGUGUUUUAUGUUUAAUGAGAGGAGAGAGUGUGUUUACCCCGAUCGCGAAGUUCAAUGACUUUUACAGAUUCCCCUGACACUCUUCAGUUUAUUGCAUCUUCACCGUUUACGAGAAAUCGAAGCACUGUUGACUGUUAUUCAAAUUUCAGGCCUUUAUUCAAUCGAUGGGAACGAUGGGAGAGGUAUCAACGGACUAUCGUGACUCAGAGGAAGAUCAGUGGAUGGAACAACAAAGCUCCGCGCGGCUGUUCGAACGAUCUCGAAUCAAAGUGCUAGCAGGUUCGUAUAUUUGAAUUGAGUUCUUUUGUUGUCUGCCAUGAACGCCAAAUGAUUUGAGCACUUUAAAAUUGAACACACAUUUACCUAUGAUAAGCAUAUGUACCUGCAUGUGAACUGAAUCUUUAAUAAAACCUCAACCGACCUUGCAUUGUAAAUAAUUUAUAAUCCUCGCGUUAUGAAUAGUAAUGAUCAUUUUGCAACUAGGAAGGUUUUUUGCUCGAUUGUUAACAGUUCUGACCUUACGAUGCAUCUAAAACUUUUAGUAAAUCAGUAAUGCCACAAACUUAUAUUUCGAUGAUUAAAAGUAAGAUGUUAUUACGCAGAGGUGCGUGCGGGAAUUUUAUUUAGUCUUGGUGUCUUGCCUCGAGCAAUCGAAUGCUCACCGCUGUUUGCACGGACAAAAGACGGUUGAUUGAGACAACACCGUUAAUUUCUAUUCGUCAGGGAUCAAUUUGCUCCUAAUCGCAUUUCAGACGUUUUAUUUUUAUCCAGACGGAACGUCAACUGAUCGAAAUAGACACAUGAUCGAAAAAGGGGGUAGCAAAAUGCAGUUGUGAAUAUUUAAAGUAGAAUUUCAGAGGCGUGGUGUGGGUGAGGUGUUGCGUGAUUUUCGAGGAAGCAGCCAAAUUGGUAUUUCAAUAACGUUUGAAUUAAAAGGAAAUUGUGACAAUGACACGAUUGUCUACCAGUAAUUUGUAGACGAGCUCUUCGUUUUUAUGCCACUUGAAUUCGUGAAAUACCUGUGAUCGCGAUCGUCGUAAAAGGAACGUAAGUAAAGAGGUGUAGUAUUGUCUUCAUAUUCCCAUGAAAUACUAAAUACUGAUACAAUAUUUUGAAACCUCAAAUCAGAUUGCCACGGCCUUUCAUGUGAUUGUUCGUUUUGUUCAUUUAAUUUGUUUUGGUGUUGAUGUUAUUUUUGCCAAUAUGAGCUUGCAUUUCAAUUUGGAGAAAUGUUCAUUGGAUUGCAUCGCCUUUGCGUGACCGAUUUCUUGUCAAAGAUUUUGGUAAUUACUUAACUAGUUGAUUUCCAAAGCGGCUUUAUUAAAAAGAUAUCUGCAUGAUUAGGAAAAAAAAAACUCGAAAUAGUAACGACAUCAUUUUAGGUUUUGAACUGAUGCCAAAGAAAUCUGUUGUUAUCAGAACUCAGCUUGCAGCAAAUGCGAUUAUUUCAAAGAGAGGUCGAGGAUGAUUUGAAUUUUAAUUGUUAGUGACUCUAUGUGGUCUGAAUGCGCAACGUCUAUGCUUUUACAUAUUGUAAACAGUGUUAUUUGUCUGUAAAUUUCAAUUAUUUUGAACAGUUUUUACUUUUGUUUAACUCAAAAUUGGUGUUCGCUGUGAUGAAAUGUUUCUCUGUUUUAAUAUUUUGAGAACAACUUUUGCUUUUUGAUGCAAUUAAAACAGAGACACUUGUAUUAGAUUGGCACUUUGGGAUAGACGUAAUGCAGUUCAAAUUCUUCAAUUAUUUUUUAUUAACCUAAUAUUCACUCUUAGAUGUAAUUAUUAGGUAACCUUACAUAACAUUCUUAUUUAAUUAUUGAGAGGACAGAAAAUGGAAAAGAAAACUUAUCAGCUAUAAGGUCUCUUUUGGGUAUAUGUAAAAUGUUACAUCAAAUUCAUUGGACUUAUUUGGAAAGAAAUUUAUUUGCUAAGGAGGGAUGAUUUUCAUUAUGAAGUAAGAACAUAGAAUUACAAUAAGUUCAAGAGUGUCAAUACUGGUAGUCAAUCAUGUUACUGUGUUGUUUAAUUUUUUUAAAUUGUCAAUUUGUAUUUGCAGAUGAAAGAGAAAAGGUUCAGAAAAAGACAUUUACAAAAUGGAUCAACUCACAUCUUCAGAGAGUUGGUGCCAGGGUUAAUGACCUUUAUCAUGAUCUUAAAGAAGGAAAGAAGUUAAUUCUUCUUCUUGAAAUCCUAUCUGGAGAAAAGUUGGUAAGGCUGCAUAGACUUGAGGAAAUAAAGUGAUUGCAUGUCAAUUGACACAAUCAAGAUUUUCUGGAAGUGAGAAUGGCUAAAUACUAAUUGUUGGAAAGACUUCAUUUUGAAAUUUAAUAACAAGGAUUACUUCCUACCCCCUCACUCAAUUUUUUUGUAAAAGGUUAUUUGGAAAUAUAUUCCUAUGCCUAUUGUACAUGCCAGUUUCUGACAUUGGCUAUCCUGUGUAAGCGGACCAGUCUGUCCAAGCAUUUUAGAUCAGGUGAUUUUACUGAGGUUCAUUCCAGUUUAGGUCAAACCUUGGUGCUGAGUGUUUUCUUUUGCUUUGUUCAUAUUUUGCUUGUAUACAGCUAAGGAACCAGUAACUGGACUGUCAUUUGUCAAGGAACGUAUGGAGAAACUAAAGAAUUGAACAUUGUGCAAACUCAUGGAUUGAUAGUUACUGUAACACGAUUUUUGUAUAGCAAACCACCAGAGUUAAGCGUUUUGCUGAUCUAGAGGAGUAAAGAAUAGAUUUUAUGGCUGAUACCCCUAUGAUGUAUCUGAAGUUGUAUAUUAACAUACAUUUUAAUUUGUCUUGUCCUCAGCCCAAACCAUCCAAGGGAAGAAUGCGUAUUCACAUGCUUGAAAAUGUUGACAAGGCUUUAACAUUCUUGAAACAACAGAAGGUAAGCUGGUAUUUUUUAUAAGUCCAUGAUUGAGGUAACUGAAGUUUGUAUGAAUUAAUUAUUUACUGUAGUAAACCUUAGUUUCCAAUAACAGUGACAAAUUUUCCUUUCAGGUCCAUCUGGAAAACAUUGGUGCACAUGACAUUGUUGAUGGAAACAACAAGAUUACACUGGGUCUGAUAUGGACAAUAAUCCUUAGAUUCCAGGUGCGAAGAUGCUCUUUGUUCUAUUUCUGUGUACAUUCUCAGGCCUGUAGGGAAAAGGGAAGUAAAAAAUGGAAGUAGUUAAUGAACCAGUCACCCUAGUUUUUAAACUUGGUUGCUAAACCUUGUGAGCUGCAGUUGGGCCAGAGUUAAAAAGGAUCCUUGCCGCUUUAUCUUGUUAAAUCAUCCUAGAAGAACAUUUACAGAACCAUACUUGAAUUAGAAGGCAGCUCUGACUGAGUAGUUACAAGUUUUAUGCUGUGUAACUGAUGAAGGCUGAGCAAUUCUGUCAAAAUAUUUCCAAGAAAAACCAUUUACGCUCCAGUCAAAUUUGUCUGCCUAGGAUCCUCAUGUUAACAAUUUGAUCAUUUGCUUGUUCUAUAAAUCUUUAUAAAGUCACCUCUUUCUUUCAUUUAUAAAGAAGACUUGGUUGCAUUUUAUGCAGUAAUGUGUAGAAGAUGGUUUAUGCAUUGGGUCAAACAUAUUUAAUACAUGUAAUUUUUAUCAGGGGAAAGUCUGUUCCAGCCACAGAUGAAUUAAGAUUUGCAACAAUGUGGUUGUCAGAUUAGAAAGGAUAUACAUGUUUGAUGGUGAUAACGAUAAUGUAUUUUGUUUUUAGAUUCAAGAUAUUACCAUUGAAGGUGAAACAAAAGAAAAGAGAUCUGCUAAAGAUGCCCUGUUAUUGUGGUGUCAGUCCAAGACUGUUGGGUUAGUUAGUUGCACUUUUCAUUCUUUGUCAGGUUCAAGAGUUUAUAGUUGCCUGCUUGGUUGCCAAGCCUUUGAACAAUACUGAGGUUAAAGGUGACCUUGUUAUGAUAUAAACGUUGCUGCUUUUCAAAUGUAAAUUACUUUGAUAUCAUGCUAACUAGAUACUGGUUUCUAUCACAACAUGGUCACCUUCAGUCUUACUCCACAUCCAAGGCUUGGCAACUAAGUAAACAACCAUAAAAUGGCCAAUUUCCUUUCAAAAGUGAAUAGAUUUUGUUUCUGGUUCUGAUAGAAGUUUCAUUUUCAUGUUACAGGUAUCGCAAUGUCACUGUGUCCAACUUUACCACAAGCUGGCGAGAUGGAUUAGCUUUCAAUGCGCUUAUUCACAGACACAGGUAAAAUGAAUGAAAUUUUCGUUCAGAGAAGUACACAUAAGAUGGAGGUGAUGUGUACAUUUCUAGAUGUUUCCAAAACAGAAACUUUUAAUAACAUGAAGCUUAAAGUUUAACUUCAAGGUUUUUCUUUGUUGUAGUAGCAAUUUUCUGUCUCCUUAAAUGAAAAUGCUUGCUGGUAAACUUUUUUUUUUUUAACGUUUUCUCAGCUGGCCUUGAUAAGAUAUGUGGCAGUGUACCCUGCAACUCUCAUUUGAAAGAUGUGUUUAUAAUCUAGUAAUAUCCAUGGUAUUUGGUGGCAAAGAAGCGUUUAAGGGUUGGAGUAAUGAUGAAGCUUUCAUCUCAAUUUCGUUCAAGUUACAAUGACUUACAUAUCUUCCAUACUUUUGUUGUUAGGCCUGAUCUUAUUGAAUAUGAAAAACUAACAAAGAGUGAGCCAGAGAAAAAUUUGAACCUGGCUUUUGAAGUGGCAGAGACACAGCUUGAAAUACCACAGCUGUUAGAAGCAGAAGGUUUGUUGAAAGUUUGAUUGUUUUUUUCUUUGUAAUGAUGCCCAAGUUUGAUAAGGCUAUGAUUCCUCAGAAAUGUGUUUUUUUCCCUCUUCCAAACAAGAGACAGUGAAUCGUGGCUAAUCAUGUAUUUAUAUGUUCAUCUAGACAUGCAAUAGGCAAGUAAGCAAGAAAGAAAAAAGAAAACAAAGAAAAAUAAUGAAAAAAACAAACAACAUGUUAAUAACAAAGAAAAUAUGAACAAACUCGUGAAAAAGCAAACAAACAUAGAUAGGCAAAGAUGUACAUAUUAAAGAAAAAAGUAACUAGACUUCAGCAUGACAAAAAAUUUGUGAUUAUGUGACAGCAUGAUGCUUACUGUAAUUUGCAAACAUUGCUCUUUCAGAUGUCAAUGUUGAUUUCCCUGAUGAGAAGUCAGUCAUCACCUAUGUGGCAGCUUAUUAUCAUUACUUUGCCAAGAUGAAGACAGUGGAAGUUAGUGGCAGCCGAAUUGGCAAGGUAAGUCAAGUAACUCCAACUGUACUUGCAGUUUUCAAAUAAUACUAAAUAUCAAAUGGAUACUGAAUAUUGGAUGUGUGCAACACUCAUGAAAUAGAAAUUGGAAUCAAAGCUUAUCAGCCAGUAAUCUUGGACCUUGGUUAUAUGAGAUUAGUUUCCCAGGACAUGAGGAUGAUCUUGGCUAUGGUAAAAAAGAAGUAAUAAUGUAAAUGUGUGUGACUUAUAGUAACUCUAAAUUAAACCUUUAACUCCCAUGUGUGACCAAGACAGAAUUUCUCCUUACAAUAUCAAGACAAUAUCAAGCAGACAAGUGAUGAGAUUAAAGAAAACGAUUAAUUAGGGGAUUAUUAGUUGAUCCAAUACCAAAUUCUCAAAACUAACAUCAAGAACUAUAUGGCAGACAGUAAGGAGAAUUACUAAUGAGAUCUUGGGAGUUAAAGUGUUAACAAUAACUGCUACUUGUGUUGUAGUGUAUAUGUAUGUGAAUCCCCCUCCUCGCAUUUAAUGGGAUGAUGUAGGCAAUUUAAAGAAAAAAAAAAAAAAAAAAAAAAAUUUUAUUGCACCUCAGGUAAUUGAGCGCAUCAAGGAAAACCAUGAGCUGAUCAUCGAAUAUGAGAAGCUGGCAACAGAUCUUCUUGAGUGGAUCCACAUCACCAUUGUGAAGCUCUCAGACAGGAAGUUUGCCAACACUCUUGUUGGAGUUCAGCAAGAGAUGUUAGAGUUUAAUCAGUACAGAACUCAGGAGAAGCCACCCAGGUAAGAGAAAAUUGUAUUAUUGAUAAAUGUGUUUUAUUUCAUCAGUGCAAAACUGGCGAAGGAAACUGCAUUAAUAAGCCUCCAACCUCCAAAUAAAGGACCCUCCAUCAUCUUCAGCUUCAAUUUUCCCUCCCCCAUCUCACAUGCAUCUGAAAAAAAAACUCUUCAGUAUGAACACUAGGAAAAGUAAUAAUUCAGGCUAUAAUCAUGUAAUGCAAAGGGGUUUUGCAGGAGUACUUCUUUGUUUGGGUUAGGUAACCUUCCUGUCAAAAACUUGUAUUUUAAGGUCAAAGUCAGUUUUUAAUGACAUGUUUUUAUCAUCCAAAGAAAUGUAAAGUUGAGAGGAAAACAGAAUUUGCUCUCUAUUAGUUUAUGUAUUGAGCUGUCCCUCCCUCAUAAACCCCCCUGAAUGGAAACUUUUAACCCUUUAACUCACAUGAGUGACCAAGACAGAAUUUCUCCUUUCAAUAUCAAUACAAUAUCAAGCAGACCAGUAAUGAGAAUAAAGACCAAUUUUAAUUAGGGGAUUAUUAGUUGAUCCAAUACCAAAUUCUCCAAACUAACAUCACAAGAACUGUAUGGCAGACAGUAAGGAGAAUUAUCAAUGAGAUUUUGGGAGUUUAAGGGUUAAGGUGAGACAGCCACUGAGAGACUUGAAGAAUUCUUUCUAGUCUUGAAAUUGCUUUGUGAGUGACCCAGUUCAGAGUUUAGAAUCUCUUCUUUAAUAUGCAUGUACAGAAAGUUAGCAAUUCCCUAGUAUCUCUUUGCCAUAGAUUGUUUUCAAUUGUCCUUUUGACUAUUACAACCAUCAGGUUUGUUGAGAAAGGAAACCUUGAAGUGCAGUUGUUUAUUCUGACAAGCAAACUGCGUGCCAAUCACCAAAAGAUGUACACUCCUCCUGAGAACAAGGCACUGGGUGAUAUCAACAAGGUAUGUGUUUCCUGCUCAUGUAUUGCAUGACAAGACCAAACAUUGGAUGCAGAGGAAACUAGUUUUAAUCCAGUAGCUCCCAGAAGUGAUUAACAUGUAAGUUCUCCCUAUAAUAUCCAUACAUUAUCCAGGAGACUGGUAAUGAAAAUACUCAAACUUAUUAAGUAUAAGUUGUUAUCCUGAUCUAACAUCAAAUUUAUGUCACUGAUUUACUAGGGAAUGUAUCGCAACUAGACGAGAGAAUUAACAAUCAGAUUUUGGGAGUUAAAGGGUUAAGUGAUUGUGAGGGAAAUCAAGAGAGAGGAGAUGGUUGUAGAUGCAGCAAAUUUUCACAAAAUAUAGAUUUUAAGCAUAAAAAUUUAUGCUAAUUUUUCAUGAUACAGAAAACGUUAGGUCGCUUCAGCAAAGUGACUUAAAACAUAAAAGUGUAAGAAAGCAGCUGUUAUGAAAAUCAUCUCGUGAUAUUUUUCAAUUGCCUUUACUCAGGCUUGGGAAGCACUUGAAAGAGCUGAACAUGAAAGGGAGCUGGCUCUGAGAGAAGAACUCAUGAGGUAUGCAUUGUCAGAGCUGUAAACAAUCAAAGAAUCUUUGAAAUGGGCCUGCAAAAGAUUGAUGUAUUCCUCUGACUAUUAAUUACACAUUUUCAUAUAAAUGCACAUACAUGUGUAUAUAGGAUCUUUUCGGCAGUCUUAUUUUCUGUUUAUUAUGUAAUGUUUUUUACUCUCACAAUUUCAAAUCCCUGCAGCACUCUUUUAAUUCUCAUUUCCCUUCUUUUCAUAGGCAAGAAAGACUAGAGAUGCUUGCUGCUAAGUUUGACAGAAAGGUGAGCAAUAACAAAUCUUCCUCGAAAUUUGUAACCUCAAAUUUCCGCGUUUGAAAACCCUAGAGACGGGCAAGCUUAACACAUUGACAAGAUCGUUUAUUAUUUCUCUGAUCACGUAAUGAAUUGCAGGCUGCCAUGAGAGAGACAUGGUUGAAUGAGAACCAGCGUCUGGUGUCCCAAGACAAUUUUGGAAAUGACAUAGCUGCUGUGGAAGCUGCUACAAAGAAACACGAGGCAAUUGAAACUGAUAUCAUGGUAAGUAUGUUUGUUUGGUUAAAAUUAUAUUCUUUAUUUCGCUCAUUCAAUGACCAUGCUCAAAUCCUGAGUGUAGAGUUUUAGUACAAAGCUAAACAUUUUGCAGAACAUGAUGAUGAGAAUGGAAACUUCUCAACGACAGAGCGCUUUUCUGUGCUCUGUCAAAUUCGCCAGACUCUUUUGCAAGGACUAGACCAAAAGCUUGAAUCGAGAAUUGGUUGUGAUAAAAUUUGGAAAAGCACUCAUCAUGAUAAGAAUUAUCACAAAUUACAUUUCAUACUCGAUUCAAAUUAAGUUCAGUUGGACAUGACAGUACUUUGUUUUAUUUAGGCAUACGAAGAACGCAUCAAAGCCAUCGUUCAAGUUGCAGAUGAAUUACACAGAGAAAACUACCAUGAAUCAGACAGAAUCCAGGAGAGGUUUGUUUUCCAACAAUUUUUUUCUUCUUCUCUUUUCACUAUAAGAUUUAAUUGAAUGCAAACUUCUUGCCUCUUUCUUUCCGUAGUUUAUUCUUGAUUCUAAGAUCACAUCUUUAUCUUUUUCAGGAAAGACCUGAUUUUAAGGCUUUGGGAGCAACUGCUGGAAUUGCUGAAGCGUCGACGAUCUCGGUUGGAGAAGUCCAUGAAACUGCAACGCUGCUUCCAAGAAAUGAUAAACACAAUUGAUUGGAUGGAUGAGAUCAAGGUAACUGAGUUUUUUUGCAGCGCUUUUCGAUUUUCAAUAAGAAGAAAAGUAAAUACUCUGAAAACCAUGAGAACUCGAAGGAAAAAUAAGCAAAUUGCCAAAAGUACGGAAAACGCAGAUGACCAAGUUGCGAUUGGUUUUAGUUUUGCAUUUGAUUGGUUGAGAGAGUGGCCCGAGGUUUUUUGGACCAUUACAGAGAGAAGUUAAGCAAAAUCAAUUGACUCUAUUCUGUUAUAGGGUUUACACCGGUAAUGGACUGUUUAAAUAUUUAUGAAAGCCUAAAGAUUACGUUCCAGGCCUGGAAAGACCUGGGACUUACUAAGCACAAGUACUGUAGAGGAAAGUCAUGGAAAAUGACUGACCAUAAUUUUUCUGAAACACCAAAGCAAGAAAACGUUGAAUUGAGUGUAACUCUUAGCGUUAUUUGAAAACAAAUUAUCGAUUAAAAGUCCUGAAGGAAAAAAUAUCCUGCAAAUGCUCUCGAAAAUUUGUGGAAUCUUUUAAGUUCAAUUGAUUCUGGACCCUUCAUUUUGUGUCAGAACAAAUUUACGUGAAACUCUUUGUUUCAGUGAAAGAAUAUUUUAGGCUGUAAUGUCAAUACCCACAUAUUAAGAUCACUUAUUCGUUGUGCUGUAUAAUCGCAGAUGGGCCUUUUAUCGGAAGAUUAUGGUAAACACUUGCUUGGCGUGGAAGAUCUUUUACAAAAACACAGUCUGGUAGAAGCAGACAUUGCAGCACAAGCUGACCGAGUGAAGUCUGUGAACGAACAAGCUGAAGUGUUCCUACACUUGGACAAUGAAGAGGAUGGUAUGUAAUAUACAAGAAAAUUGUUUUUAUUGAUCACAGACAUCUUUAUUUAGACGAGUAAGGAAAAAAUUCGGCUUGUGUGAAGUUGUCGGGGACUACUUGUAAAGUGUCAAGGGUUUGAUCUGAUAAUGAACUUUUAGACUGUCCCUCCCAUUUGGCGGAGUCCGUUACGUCGAAAAAAGAAAAAAAGUUGUGAAAAUAAAAUUCAUGUAAGCGCGCCACGCGAAACUAUGUGAGUGAGGCGCACUCCCAGAGUUCCGCGCAGCAAGCUCACAUCCACUUCUUUUUUUUCACUGAUAUUGUUAGACUAGCGCAACGGACUUCGCCAAAAAGGCCCUUUUUGGCGAAGUCCGUUGUGCGACAUUUUGUUUUGUAGUGCACAGUGCUAGAUGAUGCAACAUACAAGAGCUUGAAGUCAUGGUAAUUUGUUCUCUGCAUUUUAUUAAUACAGGUUUCAAACCAGACGAAAACCAGAUCAGAGAUCAUCAAGCUGAAUUAGAAGGUGCCUACAAUGAGCUCCUGCAGCUUGCAGCAGCAAGGCGUGCCAGACUAGACGAGUCUCACAAGCUACAGACCUUCUACCGGGAUGCUGAAGAGGAAGAGAUGUGGGUGUCAGAGAAGGCUCAUUCCUUGCAGUCUACAGACUAUGGACAUGAUCUGAACAGUGCCAUGGUCCUGUUGAACAAACAUGAGGUAUGAGGAUGUAAACACCCCUUACGUCUUGUAUGGAAAAUUUCUUGGAUAAUACGCGAGUUUCCUGGAUGCAGAUGGGUUGGAUAUGCUGUUGUGGACUGACAGGGCUGAUUCGCUUAUGUACUUUUUAUGUGCAUUUAUCUUGCAGGAACAAGGGGGUGGGGGUCGAUUGACUUAUUUUCAGGCAAAUUUGGUUGUGGGGGCUGAUGCUAGCAAAAAAAUCUUCUUUGGGAUGUUUUUUAUUAGCUUAUCAAUAUGCUAUAAAAAGUGACAAUUUUAAGAGCCUUUAAAUAGGGCUUAUGUUAAGAAAUUUCGAUUGUUUUUCAGGCGGUUGAGCGUGAACUCGCGAAGCGUGACACUCAUACACAGGCCGUGAUGAAGAGUGGCCAGGAUCUUCUGGAUUCUGGACACUACUCCUCAGACACGAUCCAGUCGCGCAUGAUCAGCAUCCAGAACAAAUGGACAAACUUGGAAGACGUGGCUGGCUAUCGCAAGAAGAAGAUCGAGGAAAAUCAGAAGUUGCAACAGUUUAUCUCUGAUUAUAAUGAUAUCAUGUCGUGGCUGGAUAUGAUGGAAAGGAUUGUCGCCAACGAUGACCUUGGAUAUGAUGAGGCAAGCAGCGACACAUUGUUGAAGAAACACAAGGUGAGUCUUUAUCUUAAUUCUUAAUUAUUGUUCCAGGAGCACACUUUUGUCCUGGAUUUGUUCCAUGUGUUUUCCUGAUUGUCGCCUGCGUUAAUUCGAAGCCCUAUGUCAAAGUGCAGUACAGUUCAGAUUUGUCAUUUCGCCUUUUUUAGCGAAAUCCCAGGUCGUUUCAAUUCCCUUUUCAGUGACAUGAUUGUACACGUUGUGUGGACAAUAUUUUUAUGAUUUUGGGCGAUUUCAGUUUUUAUUUUUUUUUCGUCCGGUAUUUUAAACCUUUCAUGGUUGUAUUUGAUUGUUAGAGUUACUAAGAGUCACCUUUUAAAAAAAGGCAAACUAAAACAUUGAAAGAAGAACUUAGACAGCAAAGAUUGAAUUUGAAGUUGGUUGUAGAAUCUCAAAGGAAACCUGAAAGAUGCGACUCGCAUAGAUAAUUUAAGGUACAGUUAGUGUGUCUGUUGCACUAGCAAUUCAUAACGUUUCCUACGUCUCAUUCAGAUCAUCGAGGAAGACAUCGAGAAUUAUGCUUCAGUGAUCAAAGGCCUCCAUGAUGAGGUUGAUGAACUUGGUGACGAGGACAAGACCUCCCAUGAAGUGGUCGACAGAUGCAGAAAGUGAGUACUGAAUUUCAUGUGCACCUAGCAAAAUGGGGUAUCUUUUGUCACCUCUGUGAUUUGGCAAAAUGCCAAAAUUUCUGAUACAUUUACUGCUGAGCACUGAAGAACACUUUUUUUACCAUUGUCGGUCGAAGCGAAACGACUUCUUCUUCGACAUGUUGAGAAAUGUAACUUGUUGCGUAACUAUCAUGAACUGGCACGUCACUAAACUGGUUCCUUAAGCGAACAGUUGCAGUAAGGCACAAGCAUAUGGAUGAAUGUUUUAUGAUUUCAUACGCAAGGAAACUUGUUCCGCCGUGAAGAAAGGUGAAAGAAUGUCAAGACUAAUCUUUGAAGUUCUUGCAUUUAAUCUUAAACUUGUGUCGUUUGGAUAUUUUUGUAGGCCAGUCUUAAUUAUUUUUCCAGCUUUUAAAUGGUACACAAUUUUUUACUUCCUUGCAGUGUGGACACUCGAUACGAAAACUUGCGUCUGCAAGCUGCUAACCGCAGACACAAACUCUUGGAUGCUCUUUCUCUUCAUCAACUCAACAGAGAUGCUUACAUCGUGGAUAGCUGGAUCAAUGAGAAGGUUGGUUCUUGAUAACGAUACGUUAACUAGGAUGAGAAUCAUUCACGUCAUUGUCGAAGAACUAACAAAUGCCUGACUUGUUUCAUUUACGUCGAGGACGAGGAAAAAAAUAAACAAACACAUUAUCUGUGGCGAUAAGGAGGGAAUGAAAAUUACAUUUUGUAAACUUAUUACCUUUAUACAAAGCAUUUUAAUUCUACUUUAUUGGGCUGCUAGGAAUUGCCCAUGACAUGUUAAAUCUGUAAUGUCGUACCCCCUGUGCCACCUUAGUUAGUCCUUAUUGCCUGAAAACUUGGCAUUGGUUUCUGGAUAAUGUGGAUGAUUCAAACCGCCGAUGUACCAGCCUUUGCUGAAUAAUUUCCAGAUUUAUACUUGACUAUCAGUUGUGCUUUCAUCAUAAACUUUAAACAACUGAACUUCACCAUGUACAGCUUAAGUGUCUUUUACCGUAAUGAGUUUUUUCUCUUUUGUAGGAGGAUAGGCUCGAAGCAGCUCUCACAGUCGAAAAGAGUAUGGAUCUUGAAGAAUGCCAAAUCAUUGAACAACGAUUUGACGGAUUCCAGCAGGUUUGCAUCGAUUUUUGUGUGAUGUUGAGUUGCCUUUAGCAUCUUUCGAGUUUUCUUGAAUGAUUGGGUAUGAAACGAAUAUGCGUUUGUUCCUUGCAGGAGUUGAAUGCGAACGAGAAGCGUGUUGGAGUUGUGAACGAUCUUGGAGGCCAACUUAUUGAGAAAGGACACAUCAAUUCUGAUGAAAUAAAAGACACCAUUGAUGGUCUCAACACAAAGUAAGUCCUCUGAUCUAAACUAACACAUAUUUGUUUAUUAUAAUUAAAUAGCAAAACUCCUGUUGAAUUUUUCGCCUAGGGGUGUGUUUAGAAGCAGACCUUUUGCUUGUCAAAGAGGCAAAAUUUUACUGAUGCUUCAAAUUCGUGUUAAGUGAGAGACUUGCCACCAUUCUCCCUCGUCUUUAUGUCGUUAAGCAGCAGAAUGAGACAGAUAGGAAGUCAGGUAUUGUUUGGGGAAGAGGGACUAGAUUUUUAUAGAGGGGGUGAGUGGUGAGAUUUGGAAAGGCUAUUGGAACGAUUUGUAUACAUGUAUCAUAUGAAGUUAAGGUAUGGGAAGAAAGUGUUAUGAUCUUAAAAGACUGGGAACGUAACAAAUUGGUGAGGUGAUGGUAACAGACUGCUGAUCAGGUAUUCUACCUUUCCACUUACAGGUGGGCAAAUCUUCGAAAUGCGGCCGACAUCAAGAAGGCAAAACUAGAUAAAGCUCUCAGACUCCAACAAUUCCAUGCUGGUGUCCACGAAACCAAGGUAACGUAUCUGAAUUUUGAAGUAGUGUCUGAAACAAAGAAAGAAACGGAUUAAAGAAUUCUGUAAGGAUCCAAACUCGAACCAAUUCUUACUUCUGUUUGAAUCCUCUCUUACUCAGCUACAGUACACUUGCUGGCGAGCCAGACAAUUACUAGGUUCAUAGGUCACAAGCUUUUUGCAAACUGCUUGGAAAAGUAAUAUCAGUAGUGUGAUUGGAACCACAGCCCUUAAGACCUUUGUAUAUUGAGCACAUUCUAGUAAAAUGUGGUGAUGUUGUAUUGUGUCCCUGAACUUCAAAUUUAUUUAUAUUUCAAUCUAUUUUUGUGUCUCUAGUUGUGGAUUACCGAGAAAUCCAGUCUCUUGCUCAGUGUAGAGGAAGUCACUAACAUGAAAGAUCUUGCUACAGUAAUGAUCUUGCAGCGACGGCUCAACAGCAUCCAACGAGAUCUGGGACCUUUAGAAGACAAGGUGGGUAAACUACUUUCGGAGACUCGCCUUUUAUUAGACAUUGUCUUCACUAUUUUUUUUCUCGUCGUAGGUCACAAAGUUGGAAAAUGACUCUGAAGUUCUUUGCUCUGAGUACCAAGGGGUGAGUAUCAAGAAAACAAUAUUUUCGAGUAUUUCAUUUCUGCCUUCCUACAAUUAAUGCGUUCAGCUUUGUUUUUGUUUUUAUUAACGAUUUUUUGUUCAUUUCGCCCCUUUUUUACAUUUGAGUGAUUCUUAUCUUUUUUGUUUCCAUAGGAACCAGAAGAACCAAUCAUCAGGGAUAAAAUCAAUGUCGUCAGCAGUGCCUGGGUCGACCUUAAGGACAACGUGAGUCGAAAUUUUUAAGGAUAAACUGGUACUUGUUAGAGGUGUGGCUCUAUGUUGCAACGGAAAAGAUACCACAUUAUACUGGUUUGUUAAGAAAGAAAAGCACGAGGCUGAAAAGAGUAAACAUUAGAAGAACUGGAAUGGUUCAGGUUGGGAAAGAUUCAGAAGGAUUGCAACUUAUAAUCUCAAAAAAAAAAAACGUUUUACCAUGCAGAAACCAUGGGGUAGCUCGUUAUGCUACAAGUUGGAAGCACACUUGGAAACAAACUUAAGUAAGCCGAUUGAUAUAACCUCUUGACUUGCUGCAUACAUUGGUAUUUUUUCAACAGGUGAAGCAGCGAGAUGAUGCUUUGGCAGAAUCAGGAGAGUUGCAGCACUUUGUUAUUGAUCUUGACAAUUUUCAAAUAUGGUAAGCAAGGCAUUUUGUCAGUUAAAUAAAUCGAGGAGGAUUGUAUGAACUAAAGACCCUUUCAUUUCCUCUCUCUUAGGUUGAACAACACUCAGAAUGAGGUUGCCUCUGAGGAAAUGCCUGUAUCGUUGAUUGAUGCAGAGAAGAUGUUGAAAGAACUUGAGGACCUUAAGGUACUGUCGCUGUACUUGCCAUGGAGAGUGCUGUUAAAAUUAAGACGUUUUAACAUAACUCCUCUCGUAUUGUUUCAUGUAUUAAAAAAAUUCCAGUCGACCUGUUGACCCAAGAGGAAUUGUUAGCAUUUAGCAUUUACCCAUGAUUAAAGUAAUCUUCCUAUCAACCGUCAUUUGAGCUCGUUAUGUGUUACGAUAAUGCCAAAGGGAGUGUGUUGCGUGACUUUAAAGAGAGAUUCAAAGAUGCAAAGCAAAACCAAAACAAUGCAGAAUACUCUUUUGAUACUCAAUUGAAAGCUGCUCCAACUAUGAAACGUGCCGUGGUGUAAUGUUUUCUUCCUUGUCCUUUAGGACGAGAUUGACAGCCGAGAACCUGACUUCAAGCAGUUGAUGUUGAGUGGUCCAAAGUGGAUCCAGGACGAGUCAGACCUCCAACAGCAAUCGCUGAAAGAACAACUUGACAACUUGGAGACUGGAUGGAGUGAUGUACAUAUCCUGUGGGAUAACAGGAAGAAAAUGCUCAUUCAGGCCUUGAACCAUCAGGUACUAGAAGAACUCAUAGCCGGAAGGACGCGAAUGCACGUUCGCACGCGCAGAAUGACAAUUAAGUAAACGCAUGAACACAUAGACUAACAAUUGAAUGAACCCACGCGCGUGCGUGCGCUUACAUGAAAGAACAAACGAACGAACUCGAAGACUUCUCAGGAAAGACACCAUACUAAUCGAAUCGCACUUGUGUUGUCAAAGGUUUUUUGCUCCUCUCUUUGUUACAGGUACAAAAAAGAAAUUUGACAUUUUUCGUCGACGUUUUUACUCAUCCAUAUUUCUGUCUGUCUUUCUUGUUAGCUUUUUAUCAGAGACUCCAAACAGUGUGAAGCCAUUCUCGGCCAGCAAGAGUUGUUCCUGUCCAAGGAGGAAAGCGGAGUAAGUGUAGAAAGGAAGAUUUUAGCCGUCUAACAAAUCCGCGUACGAAACAAUCCUCUGUUUAGCUGGAACAUUUAUCUGAACAUGUGUUUUUGUGAAAAGUGUCAAGAAGGUCAAAAGCUAACUGGGGAAGGACAUUUAUUUAAUUGAAUCAAUCCUCCUACAAAGAAAGCCUGAGGCCCACUGAUAGUGUAAAACCAUGGUUUGGGUUAGACCUCGUAUUAAUAACCAACCCUUUGUGUUUUUAUACAUUACACAAAUAAAAACCAAUAAAACAAUAAAAUCCUUAGUUCUAAAGUCGAGCUAUUAACCGGUGUAACCAGUGAGGAGUAGAAACGUUUCCGUGCUGUCGUGUAGGAGGUGCUUUUUUGACUGUUAAACAAUUUUGGUUGAGUCGUCGGAAUGAUUUUUCUUUGAUUGGUUUUAAUGAUAUGUGCGCACUCGGUUUUUCAGGCUACUGUAGAGACCGUAAAAGAGCUGAUAAAGAAGCACGAAGAAUUUGAUAAACGAAUGCAAACCAAUGACGAUAAGAUCAACCAAAUGAUCCAGUUUGCCGAUCGUCUCAAUGAUGAAAAUCACUAUGCAUCUGACAAGAUCACAGAAAAAGCACGCAGCAUCGAUGAAAGGCGAGAACGACUCUUUUUUUUAUUAUUAUUUUUUAUUUUUAUUUUUUAUAAUACGCUUUUCCUCCGUCCCCGCGUCCUCUCCUUACUUACUUCCUCCCCUUCACUCCUCGUCCCUCGCUGACUUGCUUCCUCUUCUCUUACUCUCCUGCUGUCUCACCUUUUUCCUCUCUCCAUUCUUGCCUGCCUUCCCCUGUUCUUCCAUCCUCCUUCCUCUUAACCUUCACGGUCUUCUUCCUUCCUACUCUUCGUCCGUCCUAACAUCGAGGUUUCCGUUGUCGCAGGAGGAACGCAAAUCACGAAAAGAUGGCGGCAGCAUUGAAGAGGUUGAGAGAUGCUUUGGAGCUUCAACAAUUCAUCCAAGACUCCGAAGAUGUAAGUGUUUGUUAUGAACUACGCACGAUACGAUACAGAAAUGGAGGUUGAUAAAUUUCAAGGAUAAUUGGCUUGAUAGGAAGCCUUUUUAUAUUGACAAAUUGUCGAGGCGAAGAUGAUGGGAAUAGUAGAAGCUAAUUUUUUUUAAUGAGGUAACAGUUCAAAAAGCUUUCAAUGCGAGAAUUUUGUUUCUUUCAACUCCACAGAUGUACGAUUGGCUGAAUGAGCGACUGUUGAUCGCUUCGGAAGAGACUUACAGAGACUUGAGUAACAUCCAGGGUAAAGUCAUGAAACACAGGGCCUUUGAAGCUGAGAUCCAGGCCAACAAGGAGCGCCUUGACAAUAUCUGUGAGGUGAGUCAGAGAGUAUCCCCGAAAGCUAGUUUCCUGUCAGUAUUCAACUUAGUGGUGAUGCAGCUUCUGUGAAUGGCCAUGCAGUGUGUGUAACAACACCGAGAAAAAAAAAAUUUUCCAAAGUAAUAUACAAAGAAGGGACGAGAAUGGAGGAGGUCUGGGAAUAUGUUCACAGACUGUUUGGGCUAAAUCGUGAUACAUUUCUUAUUUUUCCCAUGGCAGUCUGGAAACAACAUCGCUGAAGAGAAACCACAAAACAGGCCAGAAAUUGAAGAGCGAUUAGAAAAACUAAACGUCAAAUGGCAAGAACUGUCAGAUGCGUCCAAACAGAAGGGAACCAAGUUAGGUGACGCACAGAAACAGGAAGAAUUCAACACUGGAGUUCAAAACAUCCAACAGUGGUUCACAGAGAUCGAACAAACUGUUGUCACCCACGAAAAGGCGACUGACCUGACCACAGCAACAAGGCUCUACCAGAAGCACAAGGUUUGUGAAAUGGAAACUUUCAUGAUCUGUUAUCGGUAAAUGUUAACUUCAAUUCGUGGAAGGCGUCAAACUAUUAAUUCGCUACUGCUGAAAAUCACGAAAAAGGUAGUAAUACGUACUGAUGGAACGAUAAUGGUAAGUUAUGAGAAGAUAUUAAUAGAGUGCCAAAGACAGAACGCUUCACUUCAAACUCUGAACACUUGGAGUAAGACUUAGCGCUGAGUAUUUCAAUUAACAUGCGGGUCGAGGAGUUACUUCCUUGUUUGGGUGUAGAGGAACCUUCGGGAUAAGAGAUAAGAAUGUCUACUCAGCUCUUAGACGUUUUUUUUUUUUAAUUUCUAAAUGCAACAAGAAUGUUGAUUUUUCUGGUUUUCUUAGAUGAUGGAAAAAGAAAUCUUGGCCAGGCGACAGCGUAUGCAAGAACUGAACUGCCAAGCUCAAGAUCUUGUUGAUGCUGGACACUUUGAUCCUAAUGCAGUGGAGGAAACUCGCAUUGUUAUGGAAGAAAGGUUUGUGGGAAGUUUUUUUUUUAAGAUGAUGUUGUCGUCCUAAAUUUGUUUUUUUGAGAUAAAUGGUUUGUUUGUUUGUUUGUCUCUGUCCGCUUGGUACGCGAGGAAUCCUUUUGGCUCUGAAAGAAGUCGCUUUAUACGGAAAGACUAUUUAGUUUUAUCUGUAGUUGCAAUAACAGUACUAUUUGUCAAUGUUUUAACUCCCAGUAGUAAAUGACUUGUAACCUCUCCCUAUGACAACCACACAUUAUCCAGUUAACAGGUAAUGAGAAUACUGGAGCUUAUCAGGUAAAAGUUGUUAUUUCAAUCUAACACCAAAUUCUUGUAACUCAUUUACAAAGAAAUGUGUUGCAGCUAGAGGUGAGAAUUAACAAUCAGAUCUUGGGAGUAAAAGGGUUAGCACUAGAAAUGUCAUCAUGGUCAAAUGCAUAAAUAUGUCGGAUCAAUAUCAGUAUCUGGGCAACUGCCCACCUACCCCUCCCCUCUCCUAACCCAACAUUAACCCUAACUUGUCGUCAAUUGACUGUUGUUGGGUUAGGGGAGGGGUAGGUGGGCAGUUACCCAGAUACUGAUAUUGAUCCAGUAUGUCACAAGGGUGGACAAAGUGACGUAUUUUGCUGAAUCGUUCGCUAUUGCUUUUUUUUGCGCAGGGUCGACGCUAUGGCUGCUCCGUUGUCCGAAAAGGGUGUAGAACUAGAGCGUACCCUCGGCUACUUCCAGUUCAACAGAGAUGUGGAUGAUGAAGAGGUAAAGAGAUUUUACACCUCUCUUGAAUGAUGUUUAGCUCAAGGAAACAUUGUAGAAUGAUUAAUGGAUUGUCCUAGUAAGAUCUUCUUAGCCUCAUAAUUUAUAGCUUCACAACUUUAGAAUCACUGCACAAGCAUUUUGCUUACGUUCAUAAACACUUUUUCGUCUGGUGGUGUUUUUUCGGUAAAUUUAAAAGAUACAGGUUAAUAAACGAAGUCAUCAGUAUUUUCAUGUCUGAUUGCUUUUCAAUAUCAACAUUUGAAUAUUACUCAUUUGUUUUUAGGCGUGGAUCAAGGAAAAGGAGCCUCUACUUCAGUCUACCAACUACGGCAAUAACCUGUUUGAAGUGCAGACAUUGCAGAAAAAACUACAGGUAUUACAGUCUUUAAUGUAUGAUAGGGGGAAAUGGGCAAUCAGAAACCAGAUAGUUUACAAGAGAUAUUAGUUUUAAGAGAAAUUUAGUGAUUUCUCUUAGAUUUAAGGGCGGUUAAAAUUUCAUUAGAAACGGAAGAUUUGGAGAAAUAACCAGUUUGAAUAAAAUAAAUCGAUUCGGAUAUCUUUUGCGUCCAUUCUUGGACGAGAUUACCUCAGCUUCAUUUUUGACGGUUCCUAUCAGUCAAUUGUGUAGUAGGAUCGUCCGGGUGAAUUUGUUCUUGAAAAAAUUAACUGACUUUUCAACAACUUGAGAAGUCAUAUGAAAAAUCUUUUUGGUCAGUCAGGUGUUCUUUUGGUCUGGUUCACGUAAACUGAUCGACUGUUUUUCCAACACUUGUAACUUGAACUGACUUGCUUAGCUCGUCACGGAGUUCUCUGUGCCUUGUGGUAAAGCAUCGGGGCGCGGAGUCCGUAGUCUUGUCUUUCGAUUGCCUUUAGAUGCUUCUGACAAUUUCUUUUCCCUACCUUCGUGACAAAGCGGACAACGUCUUUCUAAAGGGACUGACCAGGGUUUUGUCUUGUUUAACAGACCUUGUGUGCCGAGAUUGCCAUUCAUGAAGCUCACAAAGACGCCAUUUGCAAACGAGGACAAGAACUCGUGGACUGUGAACACCCAGAAGCUGAGCAAGUGGCUGCUAGGACCCAGGACCUGCAAGAGAAAUACGACAAUCUUAAGAAAUUGUCGGAUGCGUACAAAGGUCAGCUGGACCUGUCACUACAGGCUAAACAGGUUUGUCUGGUUUCUGGCUCGGUCUAUGUGAAGAUCUAAAGAUGUCGGUCAAACACUUAAAAAAUAAGACUUUGUUUGUGUGUUAACCCAUUUGUCAAAAUAUUGUUUCCGUUGCAUCGAAAAGUUGUCUCUUAAUUUCUGUUUGGAUAUAUGUAAUCUUAGAUCCUCCAAGCACUUUUUUAAAUGUCUCUAAGAAACUAAGCUUCCGGCGGUCAUUCUGUGGUCUUCGACGGAUAAUGAUAAUACGUCCAGUGUUUUUAUCCGUCCACGAUAGUAGACAUUGCCGAAGUCGUAUAGUUUUUAAAAAACUUUUUUUUUUACGCGAGAACGCUUUUAUAUUCGUUGUUUCUUAUGAAUCGUCGCAACGGAUUUUCCAUGACUAAGAAAUGUACCGCCGCACGAAGGAAAAAUGAACGGAAUCUGUUGUUUUCUCUUACAGUAUUACUACGAUGCAGCAGAAGCUGAAUCGUGGAUGAGCGAACAAGAAUUGAACAUGAUGGGUGACGAGCGUGGAAAAGACGAAGCAAGCGCCAAUGCCAUGCUCAAGAAACACGAGACUUUGGAGGCAGCUAUUGCUGAUUAUUCCGAGACAGUCAAUGAAUUAGGUGACACAGCUAAUGCUCUUGUGGAGAGCGAGCAUCCCGAGAGGUAAUGAAACAUGUUACCUUUUUUCGAAUUUACGAUAUUUUUGUUUGUUAUGGCUAAAAGUAUUCAUAGGCUGUAACGGUAAGAAAAUCAACAGCCUAAGGCAUAGUUGGGUACAAGAGACUCUCUCGUAUCUAUUGAAUUACCAAGAGGGAGUGCUAUUCAAGUCCAGUUCCAAAGAUUUAGUAAGCGGUAGAAUACAUAGAUGAGUGGACUAAUAAGUCAACUUGUGAAGGAAGCGAUGAACCAAAGAAUUUUUCCAGUGUGUCAUUAGAAUAUCAGCAAAAGAAUGAACACAAAAUGGUGCGAAAAAGUGGAAGGAGGAAUGAUUCACAAAAACUUCAUUUCAAACAAUCAAAAAUGCUCGUCGAGUUUCAUUGGAGGACUUGUAGUGCACGUUACUGUUUUGUUUAUGAUUGCCGCUUGUAAUUUCGCUUCUUUGCUAAUGUUCAUCAUAGUGAGGCAGUCAAGAAACGUCAAGGUCAGAUCGAAAAAUUGUACGAAGGAUUGAAAGACCUAGCAGAGGAACGCCGAGGGAAACUGGACGAGACUCUUAAACUUUAUCAGCUGCAAGGAGAAAUUGAUGAUCUGGAACACUGGAUCGCUCAGAAGGAAGUGGUGGCUGGAUCGCAGGACAUUGGACAAGAUCUUGCACAAGUAGAGGUACAGUUCGUUCUUUCAUUCCUUCACAUGUUCUGUUUGUUUCCAUAUUUUUAAAUAAAAGUUUGCGUUUUAUGACACAUUAAUUAGGGUCUCUUCUAGUUUAAGGCCUAUCGAAGAAACCCGUGCUUAGAAUUUUGGAUCCUUCAAACUCCAAGGAGUCCGAAGUAAUUUUUCAAAUUUGAUAAAAGAGGCAAUUUGAAAUUUAUGGAAUUAUUAUCGGUUUGAGGCAGUAAACAUAUAAUCAGCUCCAUGCCAUUUGGAGUCUCAUCUAUUUUGAACAGAGUCGUGUGGAAUCUAAUCUACAGUAGCUUUUUUUAGAUACAACGCCUCAAAUGUUAUCUUCUGUUUUUGCUUGUGCCACUUAAUUUUUUAGAUAUCUUUUUGUCCUUAUUCAUUGAAUCAGCUACAAGCUCUGAGCUUUAUUUUGUAGCUUUUGUCGUGAAAAUUCUCGCAGGUAAUUAUCUUUGUUCAUUUGUUAUCUCUCAACAGUUGCUUAUCGAGAAAUUCCGCGAGUUCGCGCGUGAUACCACGAACACUGGCACCGAGCGCGUGGCUGCCACGAAUGCUGUCUGUGAUCAGCUGAUUGGAACAGGUCACACUGACGCUGCUACGAUAGCGGAGUGGAAAGAUCAGAUCAACGAGUCAUGGGCUGAUCUUUUGGAACUCAUUGAAACGAGGACAAAGGUCAGUAAAUAUUGUCUGUUGGAGUGCUUCUCGAGUAAAUGUUAAAUUCACAGGGAGCCCAAGAGAACCUGAAAAGAGACCACGUUAGACCGUGGUGCGGGAAACUGCUAGUGACUUAUAAGUUGGGAUUAGGCUUUUGCGUUUGCUCUUUUAAGAAGUUUUUCUUAUUCUUUACCGAAGCAGAACCAAUGAAAUCCAGGAUUACUUUUAAACCGCAGAUGGAAAUUUCUCAACUGUAAUUUUUGAAGUAACAACUGUUGCGUUGCUUAUCUAACAAUAUUGCUUCGGUUGCUAAAUUUUCUCAGAUGUUAGAAGCUGCCCGUGAACUGCACAAAUUCUUCUACGAGGCCAAAGAAGUAUUAGCCAUGAUACAGGAGAAAGAAAACCUUCUCACAGACGACCUUGGUCGGGAUUUGAAUAGCUUACAUCAACUGCAAGUUGUGCACCAAGGAUUCGAAGCAGAUUUGGCGCCACUCGGCAAUCAGGUAUACCUCUCCUGCUAUCUUGCUGGAAUAGCGUUUACCAUUUGCACGAAAACGCCGUUUUAGGGUUUGAAAGCCAAGAGAGAGUGCUUUUCAAGACCCAGUUUUGACUAGUAUGCAUCAAGCGCGGCGUUGACCAUCGGCGGCCAUCAAUUCGAUGUUGAUUACUCCACAAGCUUCUAGAAAACAAUACAAACCUCGCUCUCGUGAAAACCAUAACAAAAACAGAGGCGCGCAAUGCGUAGUGGCCAGUACUGGCUCCGUUCAGACUUCAUUAUUUACAUACUCGUACCACAAUUGCUGUGAAAUUUCAGUGUUGCAGUUGUAUUCAUUUUUUUCCGGCGCAUAGUCAGCUCAUUCCCGCCAUUUCGUGAACGAAUUCCAAUUAUUGUUUUCAUUACCAGGUCGUCGCGGUCCAGGAGGAAGCCAGUCGACUCCAGGGCUCUUAUGCCGGCGACAAAGCUAGAGAAAUCCAAGACAAAGAGGACGAAGUGUUAGACGCAUGGAAGCGUCUCAACUGGCGUGUAAAACAACGUACUGAGCGCCUUCAUGACGCUGAUGACUUGUACCGAUUCUUACUGGCUGUUCAAGACCAGAUGCUGUGGAUGAACGACAUGCUGAAGCAAAUUUUAACCUAUGAGAAAGCGAAGUGAGUAUUCCCACCUUUUGUUAAGAGAGCGACAUCGCGUUAAUAGAGUCGUUUUAUGAGAGGAAACAGUAAUUCACAAUACUUUCAUAAGAAUCGCCUUUGAAUACAAUGCAAUUAAAUUUAUCGUUUGGAAAUGAGGCUAAAUACCUACAAAUUAAGAUGGAGAAGUGAGGGAGAGAGAUCGCAAAAGAUGGAGAGGACUGCGAAUGACUAACUCGAAAAAUGUCGCGCAACUUUCAAGACGAAUAAACUAUGGCAUAUUCCCUCGAAACAGAAAGAGUAAUUGUAAAUUAUGCUAGAAAAACACCACAGAGGAGUCAGAUGACUAACCCUUUAACUCCCAAGAUCUCAUUAGUAAUUCUCUUUACUGUCUGACAUACAAUUCUUAUGAUGUCAAUUUGGAGAAUUUGGUAUUGGAUCAACUAAUAAUCCCCUAACUGAUAUUUUACUUUACUCUCACCGCUUCUAUGCUUGAUAUUAUAUUGAUAUUGUAAGGAGAAAUUCUCUCUUGGUCACUCAUGGGAGUUUAAGGCUUAACCGCGAAGUAUAGCGAUGGAGAAGAAUGUCACUGUAAGUGCUCUGUUGACCUAAAACCUUCUGGGAACGAAAAUAAUUAUGGUAUGUCUUACCUUAUGUUACUUUAGGGAUGUUCCUGGAGUCGAGGUCUUGAUGGAACAACAUCAAACCAGGAAAGUUGAAAUUGAUGCACGCGAAGACAGUUUCCAGAAUGUUGCGAAGAUGGGAAAAGACUUGAUCGCCCGAAACCAUUACGCUACUCCUGAGGUAAAAAGAUAAUGUCUACUUUUCAGCUUUCACUCCCAUCGUUUCACACAUUAGGCGAAAGUCAGAAGAGAGUGCAAAAUGGUUAAUGCUAGUGAUAAAACCCGAAUAACAACCGAAUACUGUGAAAAGUCGCAAAUAGUGACGAAUGGGGGCGAGUAGUGACGAAUAGUAAAAAUAAAUGUAUUAAUGAUUAAUUAAAAAUAGAACUAGUAACGUGUCUUAUAUGUCGUUAUUCGGGUUUUAUCGCGAGACAAAUAGUUAAGCAGGAUCAUGUUUGCCACAGGUCAGGAAAAGGAAGGGAACAAGAAAAUUCUUUAAGUUAGGGAGUCUAGCGAAAGUCAGGGAAUUUCACCAUGAGUCAGGGGAAAUAAACACCUUUGAUAGAGGCUUUGGAAAGUAAAAUUUCAUUCAAAUAUGAAAUAAUUCUUCUUGUCUUGGCCCGCUUCAUGGUGAAACAUAGUGACGCUUUCCUUUUUGUGAUAUCGAUGUUAGUCGUGUACAUUGUUUGGUACAGUCGACAGAUUCCUUACCAGCAUAAUAUACAUAACAUAAUACAUACACAUAAUACAUAGCAUAAUUGUAAUUGAGGCUUCCUUUGUGUGGCGUGUUACCAAAAUAAAGUUACAUAUAUGUUUGAAAUAACAAACAUGAAAAAAAAUUUAAAUUUCUCCGCUAUUCAGAUUAAUGAGAAGCUGGAUAUGUUGAACCGACACAAAGAUGAAUUGUCACUAGAGUGGGACAAGAGAUGGGAACAUCUUCAAUUAGGUAACGGCGCCUUCCACUUCCAUCUUUUCUCCUUUUUCCCAUUUACUCUUUUGUGUCACUUUGCAUAGCUUUCAUUAAUGUAGCUUAUGACCGCUUUCGCGUUCAAAAAAUGAUAGAAGACAAACAUACAAACAAACAAGCAGAGAAACAAUAAAGUUAUUUCCGUAAAGCCAUGGCCCUAACAGGUUAUUCAUUUAUGGUUGACAGUCCACGAAGUCAUGCAGUUCGCACGUGAUGCUCACAUGGCGGAAGGAUGGAUGAUCGCUCAGGAACCAUACCUGAAAAACGAGAACCUUGGGGUAGGUAUUCUCUCUCCGGCCGUAAGUUUACGGAAAUAACCGAGUAAGUUACGAGUGUUCUUUUACAUUUCCGAACACUUUUUGUAACUCAUGGUUUCCUCUAUAUUUGUUUUUAGAACGAUCUCAACGAAGUCGAACAGCUGCUGGAGAAACACAGCAACUUCGAGAAACUCGUCAAUACUCAAGAAGAGAGAUUCCAGGCUCUUGAGCGCCUAACGACGGUAGGUUUUCAGACUAUGAUAUGUUUACAGCAUCAUCUCAUGUCUUAAUUGCGCUUCAAGGAGACUUCCUGUGUGUUUUCUAUAACCAGGGAUUUCAAUACCUUUUCCCACAAGCGGCUUGGAUUACAAAAUUCUCAUUUCUUUAACAGGGAAGAAGUUUUUUUCCGGUAGUUUCUUGGAACGUAACAACUAAAUGCAAUAUGUUCUAUUAUCUUUUAUCAGUACGAGCUCCGUGAAGGAAAGCGUCGCAAAAUGGAACAAGAACGCCGUGAACGAGAAGAACGAGAAAGAAAAGAGAGAGAAGAAAAAGAACGACUGGAACAACUGGAGAGAAUCCGCAGACAGGAGGAAGAAGAGCUCCGACGACGAGAAGAGGAAGAAGCACGUAGAAGAAGCGAACAAAGGGAAGCUGAACAGAGAGCGAGGGAGGAGGCUGUCGUUGUCGCUGAAGCUGAAGGGGUAAGUUAAAAGAGGCAAUCUCCCUUCCGCGCAGUGUCUUGAAAAGGGGUCGCUAUAUUGAUUAUAGAUUAUGACGAAAAAGGAUUGUAAAUCGGAACGGUAAAGGUAAACGGUCGGCGAGAUGAGCGAGCCAGGCGCGAACAGCUUUUCCUUUACAACCCUUAAAUUCACGCUUGGGUUAACCUCCACAGCCCGCUUACCUUAAUGUGCGCCCUUCCUGUUUAAUCCCGCACCCCAAAGUGUGAGUCUGUUUGCUGUCUAUUAUCGCCGUGACGUAACCCUUCCUUUAGUGUUUCAAACCAUAUGGUUUAAUACGAAUUCGAAAAGGGAUUCUUUUCCCCCUCUUAGGGAGGGGGGGGGGGAGGAGAGGGUAGUUCGUAGUAUAGUCACACUAUAUUCUUAUGGAGAAUGCAAUGAUAAGUAAAUAACUAUCAUAGUGAUAUCUCCUUCGACAGGACACCUUACUCACUUAGUUCCUCUCUCCAACCCGGAUUGUAAACGAGUUCUUGCUAACUAUCAGCGAAACUUGACAAAUGCUAGAGGGGAGGGGAGGGGAGGGGAGGGGAGGGAAGGGGGGGUGGAUUGGCGAUGGAAUGCUGUUCCCUACGGUGGAAUUAGCGAAGAGCGAUACAUAAUCGCUGCAUGCUGUGGAGUUCAGGAAAAGUAGCAACGGUUUGGGUUUCUCAAUUCGCCUACUGACUUAGCUGCCUCAACUACCAUCGUUAUGAGAAACAUAUGUACCUUUAAAAAUCAUGUAUAAAAUUUAUCCUUAUCUUGAUCUGUCAAGGUCGAAGGCGCACCAGAUGAAAAAGAAACAGACGAGAGCGUUACAGACGGUAAAAUGGAAGGCUAUCUGUAUCGUAAGCCAACAAUGGAUGCUCCCAACAGAAAGGCACCAAUCAGGUAAGCAUAUCCGAAGAGUUUCCGAUAAUUCCCGAUAGUUUCUGGCGGUAAACGAUGUGAAAUUGAUUGAAGCAUUCUCUAGUAUGGUUUGACUGCACGAGGUGUAGGAUCCAGUUUCCCACUGCUAUGCUCAAAGAAUGAAUAAAAAGAACAACUACGUUAUAAAACCUCAAUUCGGCAAAAUUCUUGUCAAAUUUAAUUAUUUUCUCUUUGAAAACUAAUUAAAAAAAUUCAUCAAUCGUUAAUUUUUUUUUUCUGUUCUGUUUUUUUCCGCUAGGCAAUGGAAGCAAUUCUAUGUUGUUUUACAAGACAUGUCUCUUCAUUUCUACAAAGAUCAGAAAACGGCACGCGUGGUAAGAACUUACAUUAGAUCGAUUAUGGGAAAUAUAUAAGAUUUUGCGCUCGGGCGUCGAAUCAGUAAAUAGUUAUCUUCGUUUUGUCAAUGAAACGUGUCUUUUAUUGUAUCUGUUUGUAUCCUCAAUAGAUUACUAGUGCUUGGUCUCAAUUUUUUUUUUUUGGCGUUUCUAUGUUCGUUGACAUCUCUCUCCCAAUCGUCUCAAUGGACAGAGACGUGCAGACAAUUUGACCUUUCCUUUAGUAAAUUAUGCAUACAUAUUGACCUGUUCAUGCAAUAACACUUCGAAUUUGCUUUACUUGUCAGGAUCACGAGGCAGCCCAUUCUCUGACUACAGAGGAAGGUUUUGUGGAAAAAGCCAUUGAUUACACCAAGAGAAAGAACGUGUUCAGAUUCAGGUACCUUUUUCUGCAUCUUCUAUCAGUCGCACUCAGAGGAAAAAAGUAAAACGCUUGAAGUUUUGUUUUCAACAGCGGUGCCUCUUAAAAGGAAACACAUGUUGUUUCAUUGUCGCUAUUUUAGACAUUGAUUGUUACCCCAUGUUUGACUUGCCUCUUCCUUUUAUUUUACAGAUCCAGUGCUGGUCAAGAAUUCCUUUUCCAAGCUAAAGAUGAGGUGAGCAAUGAAAGAAAUGUCUCUUAGUCUUUUCAAAAUCGGUGAAAAGUAAAGUAACUUAUCAAGUAAUCGCAACUUUGUUAGCUCAAGUUUAAAGCGGUAUCGUCUGAUAUUUGGCACACGCACCAAUUGUGAACUGCUUGGUAGUUUUCUCUAUUAUAUAUAUAUAUAUUUUUUUCGUCUGAUCGCCAUCAAACUUUAUCAGAAAGAGUGACAUUUUCCAUGGUCUUAUAUUUUCGUCCGAGCCUCAAAAAUUUUUGCCUAACCUUUACAACCCAAACAUCAGUACGCGUAUUCUCCAAACUGUUCCGUCUACAUUUCUUAUGGUUCUGACAAGGAGAGUAACUUAGGCAAUCGAGAGCUAGUUAAAGAGGUGUCCUUAAGCUUUAUUCCCAUGACAUUUCCGUAUCAUUCAGGGGUGAUACAAUGGGUAGAAAUUAGACGCUAGUCACCCUUUAUGCUGAUUGUUUUAGCUCUCUUUCUGCUCUUUAACCGUUGACAUAAAUUUUCUCUCCUUACCCUGCCCGUCUCAGGAGGACAUGAAACUGUGGAUUAAACACAUUCAGGAGAAUAUCAGCGGAGAGGCUGCCGGGAAAGAUGCAUCACCUGGCAAGAAAACUGACAAGGGCAAAGGUGGAAGCGGCAUUUUUGGCAAACGAAGAAGUAAAAACUUAGAUAAGGAGAAAGAGGAGAAGAAAUAAAAGAAGAUGAAACGAAAAGUUAUGAAUAUCUGUGAAACAGUUAAUCGCUUUGUUUAGGAAUUUCAUUUUGUAAUGGAGCGUUUUCAGACCAAUUAUUCUUUGGCUUUCUUGAAGGAAUGUUGUUUAAACUGGAUAGAACUGUUUGUAAGUUUAUUGUGUGUCAGUGUUUUCUUGCUAAGCAAAAACGAAUUCUAGUGUGAACUGAGACGGUUUUAGUUUUCAAAAGGAUUUUGUGCCUCUUCGUCAGAACAAAAACCGAAAGAAGCUUUUUACGCGAACUUCGCUAGAUAGCGUCAGAGGUAAAGAUGGACGUUUAGACCUUUGUCUUACAAGGGAGGUGAUUAAAAUCAGACGAGCGACACAGAAGAAUUGUGAAUCACGAGAAUGGAAAGGUUAUGUUGUUGUAAGUUUAAUAAUCAGCAUUCAUUAGUUCAACAUACAUAUUUUUAGGUGUGCUUUAUUUUGAACAAAUACCUUUGGAAGGGAGAGGAAAAACUUUUAAGUGGUAUAUAGAUAUUUUGUUUUGUUUUUUUUGUCUUUUUUUUUUUCUCUUAAUUGUAAUUAACUUACAUUUUGUUAAGUCAUCAAAUACGAGUUUAAGGAAUGGGUUUAGUUGAAAAACUUCAAACUUUGAUGCCUAAUUUCUCUGUUACAUUUUCUUGUUGAGAUACGUUCUGCUAAAACGGUGAAUGUAGAUGAAAACGUUACACUGGUUCAAGGAAGGAAUUAUCAGCGAAAAUAUAAUCUUGAUAACAUUGCAGGUGAUCAGGUAAUAAGCGUGAACAUCCUAC